ACAACCUGGCGCUCACCCUCACACCACCCCUUUCGACACCACACCACGCGCGCCUAUUCCUUGUACCUGCGUCCGCAGCAAGUUCGACGUCCUCCUCCCUGCCCUGCGCAACUCCUGCGACGCCGGAGUGCACUGCCCGCUCAAAGCAUAUCUCUGCGCAGAGCCGAGCUAUGGGACCUACCUAGCACAUAGCUUCCACAUCACGCGAACCCGCCCAUCCUACAUCUUCCGAGGCGACGACAUCCCCACCGCACCCUCCACAGACCGCGCACGAGGUCACCGACACCUCCCCGCCCUCCGAUCGCGAACGAGAUACGCGCCUCUCGGACCACAGGACAGCCUCGGGCGCUUGCAAUGCUCCCACGCUCAAGAUCCAGCUAACACCCGGACUGACGGAUAUGGAUGGCGAGUCGCAGGCGCAGAGGGAGGCCCGCCUGCGCUCGCUAUGGCUGAAGCUCGAUACGAAGCGGAAAGGCACCCUCGACUUCGAAGCACUCAAACGAGGCUUGGUUGCCGCCAACCACCCACUCAAAGAUGCAGACAACAUGAUCAAGGACAUGCUGACCGCGUGCGACAUCGAUCACGACGGCAAGAUCAGCUACGAUGAGUUCUGCCGCUUUUGCACCGAAACCGAGAAAGAGCUCUGGCAGCUCUUCCAGUCCAUCGAUAAAGACCAUAGUGGGAAACUGGACAAGGGAGAGCUGUCAUCUGCUUUUGAAAGAGCCGGUGUGGCAGUCUCCUCUGCACGACUGGACAGGUUCUUCAGCUACAUCGACAAAGAUCGCGAUGGAACUAUUGAUUUCAACGAAUGGCGCGACUUUCUCUUAUUUAUCCCAGCCAGCUCGCCUGGACUUGGCGCUGUUAUAUCAUAUUACCAAAACACCACCAAAUUGACCUCCGAGGGUGACGUGCACCUAAGCGACGAGGCAUUACAAGGUCUAGGUACGACCCUCACAUUUCUCAAGCGUUCGCUUUUUGGCGCAAUACUUCAGCUGGUCAAGCCGGCACAAUCGCAUGCCGGCGGCAGCAAUACUUCGCCCAUCUCUAUGUGGGAGGGCAGCGAAUCAAGACCGCAACUACAGUAUCCUUCAUUGGACGAUGAAGACAUGACAGAUACCGACCCGCACAUCCCCGUCAAGCCAGCGCGGAGGAAAGAAAUGUUGCAUCAAGAGCAGCAGCAGGGGGAUGAUCAAGUUGUGCAGCGCGCAGUACGUCCAUCGAAGCUAAUGGAUUUCGUGCCGGAUGUAGGCUACUUCCUGGCGGGCGGCCUGUCAGGUAUUACCUCGCGAACCGCAACCGCGCCGCUCGAUCGGUUAAAAGUAUACCUGAUUGCGCAGACGGGGAAUGCGGAGGAUACCAUCAAUGCUGUCAAGUCUGCGAAACCGCUGAGCGCUGCGCAACAUGGUGUUAGGACACUCUGGAAUGCGUGUCAGCAUUUGUGGGCUGCAGGCGGCAUGCGUAGUCUGUUUGCUGGUAACGGCCUGAAUGUUAUCAAGGUCAUGCCCGAAUCUUCUGUCAAGUUUGGCGCGUACGAGGCAUCCAAACGAGCCAUUGCCAAACUUGAAGGGCACAACGAUCCCAAACAAAUCAAGUCCUCGUCCAUGUUCGCAGCUGGCGGUAUUGCCGGCAUGAUUGCACAAGCUACGGUCUACCCACUCGACACGCUCAAGUUCCAAAUGCAAUGCGAAACCGUUGCAGGAGGCGAACACGGCACCCGCCUCAUCAUGCACACCGCAAAGAAGAUGUGGGCGCGCAACGGCAUCGUGGCUUUCUACCGCGGCCUGCCUAUGGGACUGGUCGGGAUGUUCCCCUACGCCGCCAUCGACCUUAGUGUGUUCGAAACCCUCAAAAAGCGCGUCAUUGCGCGCAACCGCGCCAAAAACCCGAAUCUCAAACACGACGAAGAUGCUCUGCCCAACAAUUUCACAUUAGCUCUCAUGGGCGGAUUCUCGGGCGCAUUCGGAGCUAGCAUCGUGUAUCCCUUGAAUUUACUCCGUACGAGGCUACAAUCCCAAGGAACGAUCAGCCACCCUAGGACAUAUACCGGUAUGAUGGAUGUCACAAGGCAAACAAUCCAGGGAGAGGGAGUGCGAGGCUUGUUCAAAGGACUGACGCCGAACUUGUUGAAAGUGGUGCCGGCGGUCAGUAUCACGUAUGUGGUUUACGAAAAUACGAAGAAGUUUUUGCAUUUGCAGUGAAGGCAUGCGAAGAACAAACCCGCAAAAGAGAAGAUGAGGCGAAAGAGAUGGAGAGGGCUGAGACGAGUAGGAAAUGAACGUGGCGCCCCUUUUGUACAUUUGGCAUUGAUUCCCUUGCAUUGUUGGGAUUGAGCGGGGCAUUGGGCGACAGAGAGGCGAGAGAGAAAGCUAGAGGGAGCACGAGAGCAAACAUCUAUGAUACCCUUCGUAGGACAGAUAAGUGGGAAUGCAGCAUGGGAGUAGAACUAAGCCCUGAUCGGCGCGCAGCACACGUCUAAUCGAACAG